AGAACUGGGCCUCACAUCCUGGAGCGCUCCUGAAGCUUGAAGCUCCUCUGGCACCUCAGAGCGACAGGCAGUGAAGGAGCGGUUUGGGGCAGCGGUGCGGAACGUGGUGGCGGAGGUGACUGAGGACAAGGCGCUGCCGCGGGCUGAGCGCAAGCGGCUCCAGGUGGAGCAGGCGCCGGGCUGCAGCCCCCAGGCCAAGCUGGUGAAGCUGGCAGACGUGCUGGACAACCUGCGGGAUCUGAACCGCUGCACCCUGCAAGGUACAGCCUGCACCAGGGCCAGGGCUCCUGAAGCUUGAAACUGAAACUUGCCACCUUGUCUGUUCCUGGCUUGAUGAGGCGAUGUCACCUGCAGCAGAGCAGUCUUGCCCAGACCAGGCAGCUGCUUGCCACAGCCCUCGAUCCUUGUUUUCCAGCCACUACCAUCCACUGCUCCAAAGAUGGAAGGUACUGAGGAGACUGGGAGCCUGCAACGGAGGCAGUUCACGCAGGCAGAGCCCGUCAGCGUGGGAAUAGAGGAGGUUUUCAACAUCCUGCCUCUGCAUGGUGUACUGCUGCCGGGUGAGAGCCAGCGGGUCAUGUUCACUUUCUUUGGCCACGCAAACAUCGUCGCCGGCGUCAUGGCUCUGUGCAGGGUGGAGGGAGGCCCCACCUACGAGGUUGCACUGAGUGGGGAGGCUUCCCUUAUCAACUACGUCCUGGACAACGCAGAGAUUGACUACGGCCUGCAGGGGUUUAACAAGGUUGGAGAAGCGGAGGUCACCCUGCGGAACAGUGGGAAGGUGGGAUUCACCUAUGCAGUGUUGAGCCCCAGCGUGGCCACUGCAGGCUGCCCGCGGCCCCGCGAGCCCCUGGUCCUGCCCAGCACGGGUUAUGUUGGAGCUGGCAAGGAGGAAGCGCUGAAAGUCUUACUACCUGCCAGGAGUACCUGGUGGCUUCUGCAGGACUUUCCAGGUCCAAGUGGGUCACCUGGAGCCAGAAGAGAUCUCCUUAAAAGGAGAGGGUAGCUUUCCCAGGAUCUCCUUGGAGCUCCCCAGGAAUAUCAAAGGAAAUGAAAAAUAUGAGAAGGUCCUCAAGGUGGCAAAAGAGAAGAUGGAACAAGACAGCCAGAGAGAUGAAGCUGUUGUUCUGGGAGAAACUGUGGCUGCAGAGCCACCCACAGACGGCUCGAGCACCAUGUUGGAGCCUUGUCUGCAGAUGCAGAUGGAGCAGAUGCUGCUAGAGGAACAUGCCCUGGAGCAGCUGAAAGCUCUGGCCUGCGGUCCCCCAGAGGACACUGCCUUUGACCAGCGUGCUCGCUGCGGGCUUCUCAAAGCUGAGCUGCCUGAGUACAUCCUGGACUUUGGCUACGUCAUUUGUGGUAGUACCCACACUCACGUUGUGAAGAUCACCAACACCGGGCGGUUUCCUGUGUCCUUCUGCACUGGCCG